CACAAUAUCACGUGUGCCUCGUUCGUGGCGUCACCAAACAAUCAUGGCGGAUUACAAAGAGGCGCCCUUGGCCUCUCGGCCUAGAACAUUGGAUCCGAAUGAAUAUUUCAACCUGUCGCCUGACCAGAGGCGCGCGGAAGAAGCAAGAACAGCCAUACAGGCGAACCUGAAGCGGCAGUACCAGCUGCAGCUCAACAACCCGCACAGGAGCGAGCUCAUCGAAGACCCUGCCCUGACACGAUGGGUCUAUGCACGAGCCAACCCCUACACACACUUUAAAGCCACAAAGAAGACUUCUCUGUUUGGUGCAAUGUUUGGGCUUUUCCCUCUCUUUGCCCUUUACUACAUCUUCAAGACGGACCGGGACAAAAAAGAGGCAAUGAUUAAGGCUGGAACCUAUGAGCGCAAGUUCAGCUUGGCAUCGUGAGCUCUGAUGUGGAAAUAUGCUGCUGUAUGUUCCAGUGUGUGUAAUUAUUAAUCCAAUAAAAAUAUCUUGUCAGACAUGG